GUGCCCUCUAGCGUCAACUACAAGCAACUAGAAACGGUUUAAGUGACUGAUGGGGUCACAGACGUCAGCACGUGUAAAACCCUAGCAAAAUGUCAGGUAGUUUCAAAGUAAAUUUGGAGCACAGUCAAAGAGAGCUUUGUCUGAGUCUUUUCCUACUGGUGUAAAAUAGCUGAUAAGACAUCAAAAGGGAGCUUUUAGGACAAAAGCUCAAAGGUAGGUAACUUUGUUAGCAAGUACAUUUAAAAGAUGCUCAAUCAUUCAGCUAAUAUUAGCCAAAUGAACGCCCUCAGCUAAGUAAUCUUUACACGUGCAAUGUCUUUGUUAUAUUAUGAAUCAACGGAGUUAUUUCAAAUGUUUUACACUUUUUUCAAGAUUUUUUCAAACUGCGCUUGUUAUACAGAAAACACGUGCAUUUUGGUAGCACAAGUGAUUGUGGCUACUGAAAAGAGGUCAGUGUGACGGCUCUACCAAUCCUUUGGACCAAGUAACUUUAUUUAGACAAGAAAUCUAUAUGAACAUGCUCCCUUUGUCUUUAGUUUAUUUAGGUGGCAUGUAGGAUUUGUUUUCCAUUUCUGUUUUAUAUACCCUACUAGGCUGGUUAUUCACUUGUUGAAUCACUUUCGUUGUUCACUUAGCAUGUUCCUUUCAUUGUCAACAUGCUCCACCUUUUCUAAGUAUCUAGACGGGAUUCAUUUCCUGUCUUUUGUUAAAUUCCAAUGUAGGGUAAUUUUUUUGUCUGAAAUACUAAUGCUGUCACUGCAGCGGAUUAUUGACGUCAUGGGUGGAUAAACUGCUCUGUUGCUUAUCAGAUCAUGAAUGUUGCGUUAUCAUUCAAUUCGAUACUGGUCGGACCUGGCUACUUGCAGGUACGAUAUCAUAAUCGUGACUGAUUAGCAGUGUAUCAUUUAAAGGCCUGUAGCGCGCCUGGAAGUACUCACAUGAUUAGAGAACAUUAAUUAGCACAUUCUGUGUUUUGAAUUUCUGAGGGAGGCAGUGUUGGUCCAUGAAAGCAGGCUUGAGAAAAGAAAGUUUGCAAUGUCGAGGUUUUGUAACAAUGACCAUUGAGCAGAUGACUGACAGAUCUGGCCCAGAUUACUCUUACUAUGUCAGGUGACGGGUCAUAUCUUUUACAUUGGCUGGCUCAACACCAAAAUGAUUGUUUUCUAUCUUGUCAUUCUCCAUGCCCCUUAGACAAGUUGGGAAGAUGUGGCGGUACGCGGAACCCGGUGUGGCCUUCCAGCUGCUUGGGGAGCUGCAGAGACAACAACACUGCAACAUCCUAUGUGAUACACUGCUACAGACAGAGGGUAUGUCUGUGCCCGUUCAUAGCUGCAUCUUGGCUGCUUUCAGUCCGUUCCUUUAUCGGGAACUCUCUACCUCUCUUUCCUUCCCUGUGGGCCAAAAAAGGUUGAUCAGGGUGCCGACCAUUGGGGCCCAGGCCCUGCUGAAGCUGAUAAGUUACCUCUACUCUGGAGAGAUGAAGGGGCUGGGCCCAAUGGAGCAUGAGGAGGUCAAAGCUGCAUUCAUCAGAUUAGGCAUGAGUCACCUGAUCCACACCUUUGAAGAGGACAGCAGACAGUGGAGAAGUAAUGACAGAGGGUUGCAGUUGGAACUGGAAGGGGGUGUGCAGGUGGGCAUUGAAAAGAACAGUGCUGGAGUGCAGACUCUGAAAGCGAAGGACAUGAUGGAUAGAGCAACCCAGACAGAGGCAGAGUCCAUAGUGCAUGCUGCCACGCAGACCUUGAACCAAGACGUGUGUGUGGCCUCAGAUCAGUGCAUGUGGCCUCCCCUAUUGUCAGAUGGAUAUGGGAGCACGGCCUCACCCAUAACCCAGACCGCUAAGGUUUCACCCACCGCUGGCGCAUCUACGUUUGUAAUUUUAACACCAGCCAGUGAUCCCCCUUUGAGCAAUGACAACUUCGCUUCUUGCCAAGUAUCACGGAUGUCCUCCCCCUCUAUCCAGUGUGAUAGGCAACCACACUCUCCUGUCACCGAUCCAUCCAACACGUUCAACCCCUCCUUUGAAAUGUUGUCAGACAGCUUUUUCUCAACAGCAGCAACUCACCCAGAUGACGGUAAGGAGAGGGCUUAUGCGCAUUUGGAGGCAGACACCGAGCGCAAGCUUGAAUCGGGCGAACAAGUAACAAAGAACAGCUCUCCUGAAGGACCGACAUCAAGGAUGCGCAAGAGUGAAGGGCCGAUUACCAUGACGGACAAUGAGAAUGGGAUGACUCCACCAGACACUGAGAAAAGAGACGGAGGAAAAGAAAAGGACAACACCAGCAGAGGUCAAAGUGAAAAGGUUCUCGGUCAGGACAUGGGGUUGACAUUGGAUGAGCGAAGCAAGGCACUCAAAAUGAAGUUUAAAAGGAAGUGUAAGAAUGCUCUCUGGAAGAUUGAAAGAACGGAGGAGGACCCAGCCAUAAUGGUCGGAGAGAGCAGCUCCAGGACCUGCAGGGAGACGAGCACAUGUGUCCUCAGGCUCUCUAGGAGUCCUGUGACCACUCAAGCUCAGAAGGAGAGGCAGAAUAAUAUGGAUGCCACUGCCAAUGAAGAGAGGCAAAAUAGCUUUAUUUCACACACCGUUCCCUCACUGAUUCCCACAGUACCACUUGAUCCACCUCUUUCCUCUCCCCCCAAUUUUGUCCAAACCACUGUCCAUACCCUCACCCAGACAGCCAACCACAAGACCCCAACCCACUUCCAGCCAGAGGAAUGCGAUGAGCAGAUGGAUAGGCUUCUGGAUGACAUUAUGAUGGACCUCAACAUCUUCUUACCCAUGACCACAGAGAGAGGCUCCAGCAGGCUCCAGCAGAGGCCACUAGCCUACCUCCCUGGUGACCCAUCAGGAUUAGAUCCAACCCCUUGGUUGGGAGAAGCUGAAGUAUCCAUGGUGAAUACCUUAAAUAGUUCAUCUGGACAAAUGGAGAAAGCAGUAGCCUCUGACCUAAUGCUGGUGUCCCAAUUUGGCACUUCAUUGUCUGAAUGUGUAGGGUCUGUCACUGAGCAGUCAUCAUCCCACCAUCCAGGAUCACUGUUCACACAACAUCAUACAGAACCUAGGUAUGGCAGCUCAUGUAAAUUCACAGAAUCUAAAUCAGUAAGAUCCCGUGAAGUUACACAUGCAAGCAGUGUGUCCAGUGAAAGUCCUGGCUUCCCCCAGUCAGGCGGGAAUGUUGGCUCCUCCACUGUCGAACAUUGUCUUGCCCACCAUAAUUGGUACUCUUGGAGAAAGCUACCCUCCUCAAAGCCCAUCAGCACAGAGCCACAGUCAAAGGGAGACGGCACAUCCACCUACCGCUGCACGGCAAAUUUAGAUGAGAUGCGGCUCCGCAGCUGUCUCUCUCCACUCCGGUCGGAAGAUGAAAGCACUGUUAGGUCCCAAAGUCUCCCUAACCAACCCACAGUCCAGUCCACAUCAUCAGGUCAAAGACAAAGCCAGGCUCCUGUUAAUAUUCCUCCAUGGCUCUCUCUCAAACCAGUUGACCUGCGAUUCCCACUAAACUCUAUUCUGCUCAAGUCACCUUCUGAUACAUGUAAACAAAAGCAACCAGCAGUCAUCCAGCGGACUUGGAGAAACCAAACAGCACCGCAUGCUCAAUACAGUGCUACUCCAGACUCUGAAACUGGAAGUGGGUCUAGCAUUUCCAGGCAGAAAUCUUCCAGUCAGGAAGAGGAAUUAUGUUUAAAGUCUAUAGUGACAAGAAAACAGAGUUUGGAGAGUCAAAAAGCCACAGCAGAGCCAGAGAUGGAAAAUGCAAAGAAGAGAUCCGUGAGAAAAGGUCUAAGGAGCAUGGAGGUGAAGCAAAAAUAUGCAGUCGAGGAAAACGGGCAAAAGACAUCUGCUGAGAUCGGCUUACAGAACACUGAUUCCAAUAUUUUGCCCAGCAGCAUCUUCACAGAAAGGAGGCGGCGGAAAAGAUCAACCCCACCACUCGUUGCCAAAAAGCAAGGUGAAGGCCACGGUAAAUCAGCAGAUGUACAGUCCAUGUCAGGUCUAGGGGUUCCAAAGCGCAGACGAGGGAGGCCGCCCAAGCUCAUUGCACACUCUGGAGUCCUGAGUCCAAGCGUGUCACUAACAGCAGUGAGGGAAGCAUGCUCCAUCAGCAGACAGCAGGCCUCGGAGUCACUCAGCAGCAAACAGUGGACUCAGGCCUCGUCAAAAAACAGGCAAGAGCAUAAUAUGGGCAACUCAGCCAAAGUGAAGUCACAAGAUCAGGCCCUUAACCAGAAAGAGUCUGAAUUACAGAGUGCCCCUUUGAGCCAGGGAGCUGUGAAGAAGAACCGAAGUGCAAGUGCUAACAAUGUCCAAAGGAACACAUUCCCAAGCAGCUCUCGGCUGAAACCAACCUCAGCACCCGAGCUGAAAACCAACACCAGUACUCCCAUGCCCUCGCAGACUUUAAAGAGGUUCAGAGAGCUCCUAGAACGCAACGGAAGUUUGAAACGGAGAAGAGACAUGAAAGGGGAUAAGAAAUCUGCCGAAGCUGAAAGGAGUAGUGAAUGUCUGGAAAAAAAAGAAAAUGGAGACACUGCGAAGACUGAUAAAACUACAGAACAAGAAACAAAAGAAGCUCAGAUGCAGGGGCACCUAAACAGGCCCCUUACAUACCCUGCAAACAAAGGUGACACCAACGUCCAACUGGCGCCACCACUGCCCAUGUGUCCAAAGCCUGGGUCAAAGGCAUCACGAGCCCACAAGUGGACAGAGGGCUCAACAGGAAGUUUCGAGGAGGAGGAGGAGGAGGAAGAGCAGGAGGAGCAAGAGCUGGAAGAGGAUGUGGAUGUGAUGAGUGGCUCCCCAGUGACUCUGCCUGUGUUUGAGUCUGGACUGGUUGGCAGAGAACCAUCCGAUGCUGAGGAGGUGGAUGAGGAGGUUGAUAUAAUUACUGUGGAUAUCAAUUAAACUCCUCUUACUCAGUUCUAAACAUCGCUGUCCUCCAACCUGGACUUGAACAAUAUAUCAGAAUGACCAACGCAUGCCACAGGAAGUGCGUGCCCCCCCACUACAAGGAGGCAGAGUUGUCCAAGGGUGAGGCUGUGUGCCUUGACCGCUGUGUUGCCAAGUACCUGGACCUGCAUGAGCGACUGGGGC